AUGUCUACCGAGUCAAGUUCUUGGACUACCGUCCAGGAUUUCCUACAAGGUUGUGACAGCCAAAGCGCCGAUUGUUUCCAUCAAACUCGAUGGGAUGAGCUGUGUCGAAUUGCUUCAGGUCAUGCUGGCCAUUUGGAGUGCAUAGCCUUAGACCAGGUUGCGAGCGGGCUCAACAAUAUUGUCAGGGUGCUUGAAUUUUCCGACCAGACUCGCUGGGUGGCCCGGGUUCAUAUUAGAAGGAGCAACUCCCCCCUUGUCAGCAGAACCAAGCUCAAAACCGAGAUUGCAACAAUGCAAUUCAUCAAGGAGCAUUCCGACCUACCAGUGCCUCGGGUUUUUACGUAUCAAGUUGACGAGAACAAUUCGGUGAACGCCGCGUUCAUGCUGAUUGAGCUACUCCCCGGUAUUGUCGCUAUGGACGCCCUCGGCGGCCGUCCAGUUGACUUCCUUACGACCCCCAAAAAUUGGAACCCUUGUGAAGAACGACAAGGGUGGAUACGAGUGUGGUCCCUUACCAGGAAUUGGGGUCCGUUUAAUACAGCAACUGCAUUCUUCGAGGCGUGGGCCGAUAGCGUCAAGUUCAAGUGGGAUAAAGAAACAAUUACACGCAUGAUGCAGAGAGGUCCGAUUCCGGCAGAAAGGAUGAUCGCCAUUAUCGACAAUUUCCCAUCGCAGAUCAAAGCGAUGGCUAGCCGGCUGUCCCUGUGCAACGAAGGGCCAUUCCCUCUAGACCAUGAUGACUUCCUUCAUAGUAACAUCAUGGUAGAUGAGAAUAGCUUUGAUGUAACUGGAAUCAUCGACUGGGAAGGAGCAUGUACAGUUCCCUGGGAGCUCAUCGCGUUCCCCGAUUUCCUUACAGCGAUGCCCGUCUCCUUUGACCUGCCUCAGAAUUACGGCCAAGAUGGUCAACCGUUGGAUGAGGAAGUACGAGAAACCUGGCACGAGCGAGGAGAGUAUAUCGAAAUGGUAAAAUCGGCCGAGCUGGAAGAUAGUCUGCUCUCGUCUUGCCUCAGUAGCAAGAGGAGCCAGGCUAUAUCCUAUUUAUAUGGGGCGUAUACUAAUGUUGGACAAUUGGUGAAAGAUCCACUGGGACGCACUCAAGGUCCCAGCCGCAACAGAAUAUAA